UUUGGAGUAUUUGAUAGACAAGCAAUCCAAAGAGGUUUUAAGGUAUAUAGAGAGGUUUGCUCUACUUGUCAUUCGGUAAAUAGAAUGUCUUUUAGAAAUCUGAUGGAAGUCGGCUUUUCUAAAGAGGAAGCUGACUCAGUAGCAUCAGAUUAUACCGUUGAAGAUGAGCCUGACGAUUCAGGUUCUAUGUUUCAGAGGCCAGCCAAGAUUUUUGAUCAUAUACCAGGCCCUUUUGCAAAUGAAAAAGCUGCAAGAGCGGCGAAUAAUGGUGCAUAUCCACCAGAUUUAUCGCUGAUUAUUAAGGCAAGGGAAGGGGGUGCUGAUUAUGUUUAUUCCAUACUGACUGGGUAUAAAAAAGAUGUUCCACCUUCGAUUACACUCGGAGAAGGUAUGCAUUAUAAUCCAUACUUUCAGUCAGGACAGAUCGCGAUGCCACCUCCGCUUUUAUCUGAUGGACAAGUUGACUAUACAGAUGGAACAAAUCCAACAGUUGACCAGAUGGCCAAGGAUGUCGUAAAUUUUUUGCAGUGGCUUGCUGAGCCUGAGAUGGAACAGCGCAAGUCGCUUGGUGUCAGA